AGUGAUUGAAACUGCUGUAAUAUUGUUGUAUAAAUAGCUCUCCACGAUGCCCAAUGUUGUUCAUUCCAGUUUACAGCAAAAGACUCAAAAUCCCAUGGCUUCUUUUGCAAUACCAUUCAAAAUCAUCUUCUUCCUCCUCCUUGUCCAGCUUCGGUCUUCCCAUGUUUUCUCUUCAUCCUCCAUUAACCUUACAGAAGCUGAAGCCCUUCUAAUAUGGAAAGCUAGCCUUGACAACAACACCCAAACUAUGCUCUCAACCCUGUGGGUCGGAAGCAGCCAUUGCAACUGGGUUGGAAUCACUUGUGAUAAGGUUGGAAGCAUCACCAAUCUUAGCCUCGCAGGGUAUGGUUUGAGAUUGAAAGGUACACUUCACAAUCUCAACUUCCUUUCCUUUCCUAGAUUGAUUAGCCUUAACCUUCAAAACAACUCACUAUAUGGGUCCAUUCCGUCCCACAUUGGGAACCUUUCUAAACUUGUCUUCCUUGACUUGUCCUACAAUAAUUUCUACGGAAAUAUCCCAUCUCAAAUAGGAAUGCUUAAAUCUCUCAUUGAACUUAAGCUGUCUAAGAAUAGUUUCUAUGGGCCAAUUCCUCCAACGUUCAACAAUCUUACUUAUUUGCAGCAUUUACAGUUAGGACAUAACCAUCUCACUGGUCCAUUGCCCAAGAACAUAUGCAGAGGGAGAUCACUCGCAUAUUUUGGAGCUAUGAAUAAUAAUUUGAUAGGUCAGAUCCCAUCAAGUUUGAGAGAUUGCAAAAGCUUAUAUGGAGUUAGGCUUGAAGGAAACCACUUAACUGGAAAUAUAUCAAAAACUUUUGGUAUAUAUCCAAAUUUGAGUUUCAUUGCAUUAAGUGAUAACAGAUUUUAUGGCGAACUUUCUCCGAAAUGGAGCCAAUGCCAUAAUCUACAAAGCCUACAGAUUGCCAAUAAUAACAUUACUGGAAAGAUACCACUUGAGUUGGGACAUGCAACUCAGUUGCAAGAACUCAAUCUCUCUUCAAAUCAUCUAAUCGGCGAGAUUCCCAAGGAACUAGGAGCAUUGACAAAGUUGUCCCGUCUUUCGCUAAGUGGUAACCAACUGUCGGGUAAAAUUCCAUUUGGUAUUGGACUUCUUUCAAAUCUACGACAACUUAACUUGGCAUCAAACAAGUUAAGUGGAUCUAUUCCUGACCAACUUGGAAAUUGCUCCAGAUUACGGAACUUGAAUUUGAGCAGGAAUAACCUUAGAGAGAGAAUUCCAUUUUCUAUAAGCUACAUAAAUGGCCUUCAAAGUCUAGAUUUGAGUCAUAAUUCACUUACCGGAGGUAUCCCACGUCAGCUUGGAGAAUUACAUUCCUUGAAAAUAUUGGACCUUUCUCACAAUUUACUCAAUGGUUCCAUCCCAAAAGCUUUCAGGGAUUUGCAUGGUUUGACAAUUGUGAACGUAUCUUUCAAUCGAUUAGAAGACCUUCAGGCAUUUCACGAGGUUUCAUUCGAUGCUAUAAAGAACAAUAAAGGCCUAUCGAGUAAUGCCACUGAACUAUGGCCUCAUUUUGUCCCUUCUCGAGCAAAUUAUGGUCUUAAAAAGGCCACCAAAGACUUCAUUUUAGUUGUGUUUCCAAACAUUGGUGGUCUACUUUUGCUACUUAUAAUGGUUGCAACUUUUCGUAGGUUUUGUAUGAAGACUCCAACCAAAAAUUCCGAGUCAACGGAGGAAGAAAAUGGAGAUAUUUUAACUGUAUUGGGAUUUGAUGGAAGAAUACUCCAUGAAGACAUCAUUGAAGCCACUGAAAAUUUUAGCUCCAACUAUUGCAUUGGUUCAGGAGGAUAUGGAACUGUUUACAAAGCUACAUUACGAACUGGUCAAGUGGUUGCUGUGAAGAAAUUUCACCAAUAUGCAAAUAACAUUCUCAACAACUCGAAAGCCUUUGAAAGCGAAAUUGCUGCUUUACUAGAAAUAAAGCAUCGUAACAUUGUGCAGAUGUAUGGCUUUUGUAAACAUCGAAAGCAUUCUUUUCUGGUUUUUGAGUUUGUAGAAAAGGGGAGUUUGAAAAUGGUCUUAAGCAACAAUGAACAAGCAGAGGAGUUGGAUUGGAAGAAGAGGCUAAAUGUAGUUAAGGGAUUGGCUAAUGCUUUGUCUUAUAUGCAUCAUGACUGUUCACAACCUAUAAUUCAUCGAGACAUUUCCAGCAACAAUGUUCUUUUGGAUUCGGACUAUGAAGCUCAUGUCUCAGACUUUGGCACAGCUAAACUUUUAAAGCCCGACUCCUCCAAUUGGACUUCACUUGCAGGCACCUACGGGUAUAUAGCUCCAGAGUUGGCCUAUACAAUGAGAGCAGAUGAGAAAUGUGAUGUCUAUAGUUUUGGUGUGCUAACACUAGAAGUUUUAUUGGGGAGGCAUCCUGGCGAUCUUCUUUCAUCGACAUCGGCAUCUAUGUCAAAUGACAAACAAGUUUUGCUUCAGGAUGAGAUAGACCCACGUCUCCCACCACCAAAAAACCGAGUUGCAAAGGACAUAGUCCCUACUAUAAUGAUAGCAGUUUCUUGCUUGAAUAGUAAUCCCCAACUUCGACCAACCAUGAAACAAGUUGCUCAAGCCCUUAGUUGUAAGUCUCAUCCAUUGCCAAGCCCUUUCUCGACCAUAGCCUGCCAUGGCUAACUAAGGUGCUACAGUACAAGUCAUAUAUCUAGGUAACCCACAGACUUGAUCGGGUCGGCAGAUCAGGAGCUCAAUCAUACUAUUUAUCGGAUUUAUUAUCAUUAGUAUCACUAGCCUAUUUCUAGUAAUUUCAAGAUAUGCGAUGUUGUAGGAUAAUAAUUGACGUAUUAUGUUUUACAGUUGUUAACUCUUUUCGGUUUUGCUUUAAAACUAAAUUUCAAAAUACUGUGCUUUAAAAAAAUCGAGGCAGCUUUCUAGACU